UAAAGAAUAGAAAGUGAAACAAAAAGCUGAUUCCGCGUUGCUGCACGGAGCUGAACGACUUCACAGGAGAAGUAUCUCUCCUGUAGUCUGGCUGUUUACAGAUAUUCACAUAUCAGAGUUCAUGGCUGAGGAGGGAGUUCUUCUGGAGACUUCCCUGACCUGCCACGUCUGUUCGGAGGGCUUCACAGACCCCGUGUCUCUGCGCUGCGACCACAGCUUCUGCUCCAGCUGCCUGACGCGGUGCUGGAAACAAGGCCAGAACAACAACUGUCCCAUUUGUAAGAGAAGAUCCUCCAAAGAAUAUCCCAAUGUGAACUUUGCACUGAAGGAACUGAGCGACUCGUUUGCUGAGAGACAGAAGAAGGAGAUGGAACCAGAGGAGCAGAACCCUGAGGGUCCUGUCCGUGAGCUUCUGCUGGGUCCCCUCCAACAAGCAGCCAGGAGCCUGAGGGACCAGCUGAGGUCAGAGCUGGAGUCUCUGCAGGACCAGAGGGACAAACACAGACGAGUGGAGGACACCUACAAGGAGGUGAUCCAACACUCCAAGAAGCAGCUGCUGUCCACGGAGAGGCGGAUCAGAGCCGAGUUCAACAAGCUGCACCGGUUCCUGAAGGAGGAAGAGGAGUCCAGGCUGGCAGCUCUGAGGGAGGAAGAGGAGCAGAAGGGGAAGACCAUCGGCAGAGAGGUGAAGAGGAUCCGGAAGCAGAUCACCUCCCUGUCGGACAGCAUCUCCGCUGUAUUAGAAGACCUGCGGACACACAACAGCGGCUCUAAAGCCACUCGGACCAGAACCAGAGUCCAGAGCGCCCCGUCAGACCCACAGCUGGUCUCAGGGGCGCUGGUGGACGUGGCCAAACACCUGGGCAACCUGUCCUUCAGGGUCUGGGAGAAGAUGAAGGGCCAGGUCCACUUCAGCCCCGUCGUCCUGGACCCCAACACUGCGGGCCCCAGCCUCCAGCUGAGCGAGGGUCUGACCGCCGUGAGACGUGGAGACCCGGACCAGCAGCGCCCCGACGUCCCCGAGAGAUUCAGCAAGUACGCCGAUGUUCUGGGGGCCGAGAGCUUCGGCUCAGGGACCCACAUCUGGGAGGUGGAGGUGGGAGACCACCCCUUCUGGCGGAUGGGUGUGGUCAAAGAGUCCGUGGACAGGAAGGGAGAGGUGCCCGCCGCCCCUGAAGAUGGACUCUGGUGCUUCUGUAAUCUCAGUGGAGAAUACGUCGGUGUCGUCGGUGAGACGGUGAGGGUGGAGAAGAGUCUCCGGAGGGUCUGGGUCCGGCUGGACUACGACGGGGGGGAGCUGACCUUCUACGACCCUGAAGACGUCAUCCACAGCCACAGAGACGCGUUCACUGAGAGGCUCUUCCCAUAUUUCCACAUCGGGGAGGCCGGUGAUGCUGAAACUGCCGAUAUCAACAUCUGUCACACUGAUGUCUCUCUGUGAUUCAUCAGGUUUAUUUCAUCAUGGGAGUUUGUUGUUGUUGUUGUUGUUGUAGUUGUUGUUCCAAUUCCAGUUACAGUUACUUCUCCAAUCUGAUAAAACAUGAAAAUAAAUGCAGGAAUUCACGUCAAGGGAACAUAUGGUCUGAGCAAAUAACGUGUUUUAUGGAAUAUAAUAAGAACUCUGACGAGUAGAUUUCAUCUGAUCAUUUAUUUUUUAAUCAUUUUACUCGGUUUGAUUUGUUGAUUUGAGAUUUUUUUUCAUCUUUUGUUUAUCAAAUGCUUUUUUCAACAAAUAACUUUAUUUACUAUUUUAUGAAAUCAUUCAGAUUGAUACAUUAUUUUUUUUAAUAAAAUAACAUAAUUAUGUUAUUUUAUUAAACUAAAUGACGUAUCAAUCUGAUGGUACUGUUCAGAAUGGACCAUACAAUUAAUAACACAUUUGCAUCAUUUUACACUGUUUUCCUUUAUAGAUUUUAGAAUUAAUUUUCAUCUUUCGAUUGUCAAAUGUUUUUUCUGCAAAUAACUUUAUUUUCGAUAUGAAAUCAGAUUGAUACGUCAUUUAUUUAAAUAUAAAUACAUACAGUAUUUUAUUAAACUAAAUGAUGUAUCAAUCUGAAUGAUGUUGCUGUUCAUCAUGGACCACACAAUAAAUGUUAAUUCAAUAAAUAACAUUUUAUUUA